GUAUCAUGUGGUGUGGGAGGUGCAUUCCCCCGGCUGAGGGAGCUCUGAGAAGGGGGACCCAGGUCCCAGCAGCAGGGAGUGGAUGCGCAUUGGCUGAGUGAUUCCUGUGCCUCAGGCCGCCCUAUGUCCCCAGCCAGAGUGCGGGGCAGAGCUCAGCCUUCACUUCCGGGGGAGGCACUACAGCUGCAGCAGCAUUGGGUCUGCACCGGGACCGGAGUGUGGGCUGAUCGGACUCCCAGGAGCCCUGUUGGAUUGUACCAUCCGCACUGGCCUUCCUAAUCACAAGUGGGAUACUAUUACACGGACACACAGACAGCCCUCGAUGUUCGCUUUACACUGCUAAAUCUAUCUAAGUGGAUCCAGAAAGAACUGUCAUGAAAAGCCAAAUUUGGGUAAAGGAAGAGAAUAUUUUGGACUAUAUGACAGACAGAUUGCUUGCAAUUCUAGUGUGAUCAUUUGUUUAUAUUAAGGUUCACACUUAAGGAAUGGCGAAAUCACGGUCAAGAUCACCUAGUUGGAAACACAGGCAACCAGCUUAUAGAAGUCCUGAAAACCAUAGGCAAAAGCACUUUCAGGAUGAUUAUACUCAAGACAAUGGAUUUAGAAGAAAUUCUAGGAGACCCAUACACUGGGAAGAAGGAAGACACAGGCAGAACAACACAAGGACACCAAAUUAUAAUAGGUUUAAUGAUAAUCUUUAUGAUAAACCUUAUGAGCAGAAUUCCUUCCCUACAAAUGCAAGAAAAUCGCCUGGGGAAAAAUUUGAUCGAGACAAAGGGAUAUACUCUCCAGAGAGGCACAGAGAUAACAAUAAAUCUCCUGUAGAAAAGUUUGAUCGAGAAAAAAAGAUAUACUCCCCAGAGAGGCACAGGCAUAAUAAUAAAUCUCCUGUGCAAAAAACUGAUCGAGAAAAAAGGGUAUACUCCCCAGAGAGGCACAGGAAUGGCAAUGAAAGAUUUGCCCCUCCGAGGUAUCCAGAAGAACCACCUUACAGAGACAGUGAUAAUGGUUAUUAUCACAGAAAUCAAGGACAUAAUGCACAUGAUGAUUCAAGUGAUUUUAGAGUAGGAAGAAGAGAGGAUGACUUUCAUGGACGUUAUCCUAGUGAAAAUGAUUGGGAUUGGCCCAGUGAUCAAGAUCAGUGGAACCAAAAUGAUGAACAUUUGCCACCACCAAGGAGACACUCUCAGGAAUUUGGAGACAGGAGCUCUUUUCAUAAAAGGUUUCCUGAGGAUCAUGAUUUCCGAGAGCCAGCACCACCUUUUAAAAGGCUCAGAGAGAAUGAGAGGUCUGACUUCAGAGAGCCACACAGAAAUUCCAACUGGAAAGCAGAUCAUACAUUUCAUCCUUACCAUGACAAGGAUUGGCCAAAGGACAUGGACCUUGGUGAACCCCGUCCAUUUGUUCACAGGACAAAUACUGGAGAAUUCAAAAAAAUAGAAUAUGACUAUAGUCAUAGAUCCCCUAACUAUGCUGGCAAAGAACUAAAUUCCCAUGAUGACCGUGAUCACAAAUUCAGCCGGCAUGAGGAGAGAAGCCAGAAUCGUAACAGAAACUCUCAUCAUGGUAAACCACUGGACAGUCAUUUCAAAGACGGUGGCAGCAAAAUAACUGAAAGAUUUCCAGAAUCAUCUUCUAAAUACAAUUCAAAAAGCUCUCAGAAUUUUAACCAUGAUUCAUACAAAAAUGGUAUAAAAGGGAGACCUUCAAGCCCCAGAAUAAAUGAUGGAAAAGAGGAUGAUUUAAGGAAGGAUCCACCCUCUCAUAACUGGAAAGAUAAAACUUCUACAACUUCAGACCCAAAGGCACCACCCAAGACCAUCCCUGCAGCGGAAACUAUCAUGGUCAAUUUGGCUUUGAAGAACCCGGGGGAUAAAUAUAGAGAUGGGGUGAGCCCCAGUGACAGACAGAUGUCUCAGGAUUUAGUGGCCACUGGUAAAAAAGAGUCAUUUCACACAGUGUUCAAGCACCUCGAAAGCUCCAAUGAAAUUACACCUAGUAGACCGAAAACUGAAUUUACUCAGGAAAUAAUAACGAUUAUUCAUGAAGUAAAAGCAAACCAUUUUAAAUCUACCGACUUAACACUUCAUGAUCGCUUCUCCAAUUUGAAGGGAAAUGACAGUAUUCAAGAUUCAAACUUAAAUAUUACUGUACCACAGACCAAUCCAGCGAUACAUAGGAGAAUUGAUAUCUCAUUGGAAGACCUUCAGAGCAAAUCUCUUAAUAAAAGAAUAAAUGCUCCCCCGGUAAGCCAGCGAGUGAUUGAAGACCCAAAUGAUUUACGACAUGAUAUAGAGAGGCGGAGGAAAGAGAGACUGCAGAGUGAAGAAAAUGGUGAAACUGAUGUCAGCUUCAGAGAGAGGACACACAAGCAUCAAGCUGGAGAUUUUCAAAAUUCUUCAAAGUUGAGCAGACCUCCUUUCCGAAAACCAACAGGCCGCCCCAUGGUAGGUGGUCCUAACUACAGAGGAAACCCCAAUCAGUACUACAAUUCACAAAACUGCUUUGAAAAUACAGAUGGAAUCAGAAGGCCCUAUAAGGGGCAAUGAAACUGCCACGAGCAAAGUGAUCUAUACCUGUCUAUUUUAGAUGGCGGCUGUGCCAGGCCAGCUUGUGUAGCAUAGAGAUGGAAGCACCCUUGAUAAAAAGAAUUUUAUUUUUCAGUAGUGGAAUGCUGCACAACAUUUUUUACAGUUUUCACAGAUGUUUUUUCUAUGACAGUAUUCGUGGGACGAUGGGUCGUGGAGAGAGCCACCAGAAAGGGGAUCUUAUUUAUUACAUGCAUUUUUCUUAAAGCAUGCUUUUUUCAGAUGCUUUUUUGUUGCAUUUGUUAUUUCUGAAACUUUAUAUGUUAAAUAGGUUUGUGCAUUAAUGUAAUAAAAGUGCCUGAAUUGUU